AUGACCACCUCUGCUUACACCCGCGUCGCCGUCGUUACUGGGGCUGCUCAAGGCAUUGGGCGUAGCAUUGCGUUACGUUUGGCUGCUGACGGACUCAAUGUUAUAGUGAAUGAUCUUCAGAGCCAACAAGGAGCCCUGGGCGAAGUGGUCGCCGAGAUCGAGACGAAGGGUGUCAAAGCCGUUGCAUAUACAGGUAAUGUGUCAGUCGAGGACGACGUCAAGAAUCUAGUCCAAAAGGCUGUCGAAAAGUUUGGUAGAUUGGAUGUUAUGGUUGCUAAUGCAGGCUUCGGGGGCCAGAUCUCUGCGAUAACUGAUGUAUCUCUUGACGAAUGGAGAGGCCUCAUGUCUGUGAACCUCGAUGGUGUCGUUCUUUGCUACAAGUAUGCGGCUGCCCAGAUGAUCAAGCAAGGAGAUGGUGGGCGGCUUAUAGCUGCGUCUUCAAUAUGCGGAAAGAAAGGCUUUGCUAGACUUACCGCCUAUUGCGCGUCCAAAUUCGCUAUCCGAGGUCUGACACAGUGUCUUGCACUGGAACUCGCCGAGCAUAACAUCACCGUGAAUGCAUAUGCGCCAGGCAUAAUUCCAACUAAAUUGACAAAGUCUGUCGGCGAUGGCGGGCUUGACCCUAUCAAAGAGCUCAUGAAACUGCCGGAUGCGCGCACCGGGACGACAGAAGAUAUCGCAGCUUUCGUGUCGCACGUUGCAUCGCCGCAAUCCAAGUUCAUGACAGGACAAACAGUGAUCAUCGAUGGUGGAAUUUGCUUCGAUUAAGGACACUGUAUGUCGGGAAUGAGCGACUGCAAGUAUAUAUGGUGAUAUGUUGUAUAACAGCUAUUUUCUUUUCCC